UUCACUAUCCAAGCUACGCGAAUACAUGCUAACAAGUAUAUUAGUGAAUCCCCACAUAUAUAUCCAUGGCGACUACUCCUGCUCAAUGCUGCUGGGGCUCUACGCCUUGCAGAGUCCCCCUGGAGGAUAUUUCAGCUGCGGGAAUCAACCGACACCUUAAAGAACAUCACUUCCCGGGCCAUGGAGACUGGCACCCGCGAGACCGCGGCAUCUGCCAGUGGCAGACGAGAGCGGGCCGUUGCACCACGGAGGCGUUCUACGGAAACUUUGGGAAGCACAUAGCGACCGUCCACUUGGGUGCCAUGCAGCGGAUUUGCACAGAUUGCGGAGAGAUAUUCUCGAGGAACGAUGCUUUGACGCGGCAUCUGGAAGGAUACUGUCCUGGACUGCAGCCUAGCGGCUGCCAAAGCGGCAAUCACGUCUGCGUCCACAACACAAUAUGCCGACGGCCACGAAAGCAUGAUUUACAAGUCAACGCCGCGGUUCCCAUGCUCUUGCAAGUUCAUAUUUCCUUGACAAUGUGGUAUCGCAACUAACUCAGUUGCCACGUAUCGGAUGCAUCAGCCUAUACGAGCUGUGUGGGUCUCGCAGCGCGCAGCAUAGUCAAUCGGACGUAGCGGAUCGCGUUCGCCUCUCCACGUCGGGCAAUGGGGGAAAGAGGGCAUAUGCUUGCAUAACUCAAUGCUGGAGCCUCGGAUCUCCGCGAAAAAGGGAAAGAACGUCGGGAGGCUUGCGGCGCCGAUAUAGCGUUGCAAAAUUUGCACCUUCCAGGGAGCGUAGGUGCACAAGCGUCAUUCUAGCGGUAUGGGAUAUUGAGGCAGUGCUGGCAGCCG